AUGUGGAGACUCGUUAUGAUCGCCCACUAUUGGUGGUGGGGCUUGUUUCUGCAGCCAAUCCAGGGCCAGCAGCUACUACUUGAACAAGAACAGCCCCAGACCCCUUCGACAUGCUCACACGUCACCCCGCACAACGAGAACUACGAGCACAACGACAUCCACGACAAAUCAAACAGGCGAAGUGCAGCACCGGACCUCAGUGAGGAACUCAGUUUGUGGCAGCACGGCCACCACCCGGACUUCAGUGCACGAUUCUGGGAACUAUGGCAAGAAGGGUUCCAGAUGCGCGAGGCCUUCUCCUACGCCCGCCACCUCAUCAACACGGACCAUGAAGCGCAAGAGGGAGACCUGGGAGCGCUUCAUGUGCUAUCGGAGCCCUUUGGAGGGUGCGCGCAGCAGGAGCACCCGGAAGCUACCUCACCAGUGAUGAAGGAGAUCGGGCAUGAAGUUUGGGUCAUGUGUGUUGCUAUGGCCAGAGUGGCAGACAGUGCACAACAGGGACCCAACGCCACGGAGGAGACCAACCACAGCUCGGAGCCCUCCGAAGACGCGCGUCCUUCGGCUUACCGACAACGUCAACCCGGAGAUGGCCAUACAGCGCAGACCGAGGAGCACGAUGUCACACAACUCAUGGAAAGCAGCUGGCACACCGACCGCAGGAAGAUGAGCCCCACUCGCCUGUGGAAGGAGCUUCCAGCUUCUCAGAAGAGUGAAUCGGUGCGACGCUUGGGCCCGCGACAACCGCCUUGGAAGAAGCACAACAACCCGCCCUUGGCAGAUCGAGGGCUUAAGCGAGCUGAACCGCCCCGAGCACCGCCGCCUACUACAAGAAAGCCAGCAAGAGCAAAAGCACGCCCAGCGAGCUGCCGAGACCGACACAUUCCAGAACCGACCACCCCGGACGAAGAGGAAGUGGAGGUGGUCGCAGACGAAGGGGCGGAAGAGGCCGAGGGUGAUACCCAAAUGACGCAGACAGACGCGCUCACAGUAUGGCACUCGCUGUUCGAGAUGAACCAGGACGAGAACGUGGACGUGUAUCACGCCCCCGCGCUCCCCACCCACAUCAUGGACAACAUCGUGGAGACACUGGUGGACCGUCCCGAAUCCGAGCACGACAUGCUGGUGGACACUUUGCCAUUGUUCCUGGGGAGACUCCAGACGGACUUUGCUCGGGCCCUUAGCAGGGCUCGCAAACUUCGAGGACAACUGAGCGGGAGCGCAUCCUCCACGGACGUCCCUCGCGGAGACCGGAACCAUGAUCCGGGCUUUGAGGAGCAAGACGAUACGGUGCACAUGCAGACCACCAUCGACAAGAGCCUGAAAGCUGUGGCCUCCCCAGAAGACCUGCUGCUGGGUCGUCUACAUAGAGCUUUCAUGCAACUGAGAGUGGCCACAGCGAGCAGUCGUGCCUUGAGACUCGCGAGCCUCCUCGCGGAACAUGAUGGCCCGUUGGCCGUGGACCGGUCGCUGCUUGAGAGCUUACUGGUGGCCAUCAAUGAGGAGACCCCCGCUAAGGAACAGGGGGAUCACCUCAUCCUCGAGCACCAGUGGGUCAACAUGUGGUGGCGACGGCUACAAGGCAAACCGGAGAUAACGGACGAAGAUGUCGAAGCUGAGCUCCAGAUGAUCGAGGAUAGACUCACCGACCAGGAACAGCUCAACCGCGAAGCCGAGGAAGCACACCAGGAUGCCCAGGAAGAGCUGUAUUACCGCCAUCUGGCGGAGGUGGUGGAAGAGCAUCAAGAACAGCGCAAGUCAACGGAGCUGCAAGCGGAAGAAGACGCCAUCAUGAAGGCAGCUAUGGACUUCACCAAGACCAAGCCCAAAACAAGGAUGUGCCUCGGAAUAUGCAUCGAGGCAGGCCGGAAAGUGAGAGCAUGGGAAUGGGAGCUGGACUCUGGAACGCAAGUGCAAGUACACAUCAAAGCGGAACCCCGAACCACCCCGGGAGUCUGGAUGAAGCACGGCAAGCCAGUUCCGGAAUCGGAAGUGCCCAGAGUACUUCUCGAGCCGAAGAGCACCUCCGCCUCCUCCUCGAGCACACCAGCUACCCACGCUUGCGCGGUCGUACAAGUGGGAGGCCCGGGAUUGCUGGCAUACUUCCAUGAGCAGUACGACAAGCAGGAGGCCAGCGAGCGACGACAGGCCAUGGAUGACAUCCCCCAAGAGAUUUUCGAGGACCUCGAGAACAGGGACACGCUUAGCCUGGAAUGUCCAGGGGGAGCGCCGAAUGACGACCAUGCAGCGACUACGCAGCCGCUUCCGGAUGACACCGAGAAUGGCACCGACCGUCCUGCAGUGAGCCAACAACCGGCCCCAACAGAGACCGAAAAUCCGGACCCGUACUACAAUGGUCGCUUGUGGUACGAGAAGUACGGAGGCGAGCGCUGUGAUGUCACCGACUCAGAUGAGACGGACCAGGUCUCCAACUGCCAGCACUUCGUCCGGGAGUGCCUGGAAGAGCUGUCGCACAGGUGGCCGACUGGCUCCACACUUGGGGAUACCUCGACGAGAGUCGCAAGGCAGCGCAUGGGAGAGUUCUGGGAUGUCUUCAAACGCGGAGCAGACUGGCGCGAGGACGCUGACGCGCCUGCUCCCGACGUCGCGGAUGCUCUACGCGCGCAGGGCUUCCUGCAAAGGGAGGCCCCUGUUCAGGUGGAUAUGCCAGCCGAAAGUGGCCCGCACCUGCAGGGUCCGAAGAAGAAGAAGGCGGAAGAGGUGCUGAUGGAUGCGAAAGUCCCGGAAGUGGAGCCGCAGACAUCACGUGACGCAGGGAGGUCAGGAGCAGCAGUUGGCCCUGCACCGGAACCGGAAGUGAGGCCGAGCCAGUCACCGACGCCUCCGGCAGAGCCGCGAGAGCCCACGCCACAGAGUCGCCGGGCUAGUCCCGAGCCCAAGGCCGUGAGCCAGCCAGGGCCCACCCCGUCCAAGAGCGUAGAGUCCAAGGAGGGUCCCCUGGCGAAGAGUCUAGGCCCUAUUGCCGGGAGCACGAAGGAGAAGCCGCCAGCCAGGGAGACCGCGAGCGCGGGUGAGCGAGCAGUGCGGGAAAGGGCCACGGACCAGCUGGAAGCAGAGGCACCGCCUCCUGAGGCUGACAAGCCGAGCAAAGCUGCAAAGCCCAAGGAGCCUGUCAAGCAAGCUGCCAGAACGAGAGGUGAGUCGGCUGCGAAAGCACCCGCCACUUCCAGCUCUCAUGGUGGUGAAGCUGGCCAGCCGGAAGUGCCAAGCCAGCCGCCGAAUGAGGAAAAGCCUCGCGUGGUCGAGUCGUCUCGUCCAGAGGCAGCGAACCCACCUGCAAGUGGGCCCGACGCGAAAGCUUUGCGGUCACCGCCGCCGCCCCAAGCUCCAGCCCCGCCGAAGGCGCCGCCCCGGGCACCGCCCAAGGCGCCCAGCCGCCCCCAAGCGCCGCAGGAGGUGCCAGCCACAGCCCCGGAAGACGAUGUGUUCGCGGCGCUGACCACGACCUUCGCCGCCCCACACCUCCAGGAAAAGCCGGAGGCCAACAGCAGUGACGACGACCUUUCGCCAGGCAGCCACAUGGUUUCCGCUGCUUUGCCUUGCCUCCGACUGAGCGGCUCGGAGUCCUUCGCGUGCCAAGAGCGACUCGCCGAGCAGAGGACCACAGACUGGGCCAAGAUGGAUUACCUGGAGGAGCUGCUUCAGCAACUCUGGGAUCGAAAGAUCUGGGAAUCGGAGGCGGUGGAGUCUGCGCUUGGCGGGGCCAUGGGGGUCGUGGCAGGCCUCUGGGCCUGUUGGUCCUUCUGA